AUGAUUCGUCGCAAUUCAGAUAUUGAAAUACAGCUACCCGAUGCUGGACCAACCGUCGCGCCAGAGUCCGUUACUGAACCAGACGUGGACAUGCUCCCAGAUGAGCAGAAGCCCCCGCUGAACUUACCCGCUCGGAUCGCUGCCCGAUUCUCGCGAAAGUCGAGUUUGGCUCGCCGCUCCUCUGCAACAUCUUCUCGUAGGAGCUCGAUCUCAUCGCUACAUUCGCACCAUUCUAACGCCUCUUCCAAUGGCUCGUCCUCCACCGACCACGUUGCGCAACAUCUGCGGCGAACUUCGAUUUUGGAAAACCGCAAAGCAAGGCUUGCGGACCGUGCGUUGCAUGCGGAAAAGGUGAGGUUACGUGCUGCACUUGCCGCUGCUACCAAAAACCUCCAACGAGAGGAGCGAGCGCUUGCUGCUCAGCAGUCACGCGAGCGGUUACUUGCGCAGAUCACCGCCAAGUGCGAAGAGGAAGUUCGUCGGGCGAAGAAGAAGGCUGAAGACAAUCGAGAAAGACUAGCUGCAGAGCACGCCCGCCUCCGGCUGGAAAUGGCGGAAAAGUUCGCGGAAGCAGAGAAAAGGCGGCUGCUUUACCAGCAAACUCAACGGCGCCAUCGCACUAGUAGCCUCCCAGCGACAGAGGAGAAAAAGAUGGCUCAAGUGGUUACCAAAUCUCUGACUCGGGAUGCAGCCGCAAGGACAAUUCAACGUGUCUGGCGGGCACAUCACGCAAAGCUGGUCAUGCAGGAGUUUCGAAGUCUCAACCUCACGGUUAACCGCAUCCGCACCAUGAGCUUUGAAGAUGUUGGAGCCAUGCUCUCAGAUGAAAACGUGUUAUCUGCGACGGCCCGUGUUCUUAGACUUUGCGGACUGCAGGAUAUGGAAAGCGGGACAGUGGGGGGAAGAGGUGCUGUUCGCACUUUUCUCAGCAGCUAUCUGAUUGUGACGCAUCCCGCCGAAGUGCUGAGCAGCAACGGUGAACAGGAACAAGACCUGAUUUCCAAAGCCCGUGAGCUUCUUGAAGAAUUUGAGCAGGUCACCCCAAUACUCGCCGGGUGCUACUCACCGACGGUGAUCUCGACCGAUCUUCAAACAUUUUGUGAAGCAUACAGCGUAUUCUUCUCAGCAUUUCAUGCCUGGAAAACUCACGAUUCCAGCGUCUUGAUCGAGAUCAUGCUUGCUCAGUUCGUAGAAUUAGAGUUGAUAUGGCAGACGGUCAAAGAUGACCGCGCCGGAGGUGUUGCCGAUGACUAUUGGCAAGGCAUCAGGCAGAAUCAAAUUCUCCUCCUUGCUAGGCUGAAACGUCUGGCUGGCUCUGACAAGGCAAUGCAGAUGGUGCGGGACUCGCUCAAGAAAGCCAAGCGAGAGAGAAAACGUACAACUUCCAAGCAGGCCAUCCCGCGAUCUGCCGAAGUAGCUCCCUCAUCAGCGGAGGCAUUGACUGAGAGUGUGGCCUCGCCACUCAGCGAGAGCUUUAACAACGUGGAAAGUCCAGUCUUUCGCGAGCUGGAUAAGCAAAGGAUUUCUCCGCAUGAGCGGUUUACCCAAGUGCUUACUGCUCUCCCUGAAAACCGCGCUCUGGUACACGAGCUUCUCAUUAACAAAGAGUACAAAGUCGAUGAGACGCAGUACACGACACCACGCAAGCAGAUUAUGAAGCACAUGUGCGAUAUGAUGCGUAGAGAUGUGGAUGCUGGAAUGGGUGCAAAUUGGACGGUGGCCAUGGCCACAGUGAUCCAAGAUCGACUGCUGCGCUUGCUGCGACCCGGAAACUCACUCCACGUCCUGAUCAGCGAGGUACUGGACCCAAAACUUGUGGAGGGCCAAUGCAAAGCUGGCACCUUUUCUUAUGAUAGAUUUUUCGAUUUCAUGAACAACAUUCUGCCAAAGCUUUGCGCCCCCUAUCGGGAUGCUUCGGUCGAGGCGUUCAUCAAGGACUCCUCGGGCGAUGCUAUUGAUCGUCUGGCAAGGCUGAUGGGCCUCAUCGAUUUGCUGUCUCUGGAUCAUACCAAUUUCAUGAUCCAGGUUGCUGCUCCGCAGCUGAUACAAGAGGCUCCCGGGUACGAGCAAAGGACUUUUGAGCGGGGCAUACAGGACGGGUCUAUAAGCUUGGGCAAGUGCCGACGAUUCUGGCGGACGAAUCGCAAAAUUCUUGUGGAUGAGAUGCAAAAACGUGAUCCUGAGAAUAUCAACGGAGAGCCUCACCCGACGGCUGCCAAGAUUUAUGCACAAGGUCUUGUGGACCUUGUCCUGAGCAACGCGCCUGUAUCCGAGGACCUCAUUCCUGAGACUCUGGACCUGGACCGUCAGCGGCUGGGGAGAUUGCAUGCGCGAGCAUUCAGAAUUGUGGCCACCGCCUCGAUUCUUCUUACAGCAAAGAACCUCCUUAAGCGGGAUGUACGGUCACAAUGGAAAGCUGAGGCGGACCGGAUCUCAUCUCUAGACUUCGACGAUAUUCAAGCGGAUCGAGUGCAGUCAAUCCUCGAAUCGACGCAUCCCAUGCCGUCGAGCGCGAGUGCUCAGCUGUCAGCGACAAUCCGGCGAGUUUUGGCGCCUGUGGCUGCGGCGUGUGCUGCAGUUUCGCCUGGAUCAAUCGAAGUCCAGAUUGGCCUUGCCGCGCCAAGAUCACCAUCAUCUUCGGAGUCAGAUAUCACUUCAAGAUCCAGCCAAAUGGCGUCUGGGUUAGCCAGCUUUACCGACCCGGUGGCCCGACUCAUCCUGUCUCGCCUUCGCGCUCAUGUCUUUUCUCGUCUGAGCGCUUCAAGCGCCAGUGAGCGGGUACGGGCAACAACUACAGCAAGUCAGAGCCUGGCGGGAGCAGGCAUGCCGGAGUUCGUCAACGAAGUUGGACAAUUGACUGAGGAAUUGGAGAAGGUUCGAGAGGUGGACUGGCUCUGCCAUGGCAUGGUCUACGAACAGAUAUUGGAAGAAGGCAUACGCCCAGGAACAGGAGUAUGA